GGAGACGUCGUCCUGCAGAGCGACCACGUGAUCGAGACCUUGACCAAGAUAGCGAUCUGUGCCGACAAAAUGAACAGCAUCAACAUCAACCAGGGCAGUAUAAAGUUCACAGGGGGUCAGGGGAAGGAGGGGAUCAUAGACUUCACACCUGGAUCAGAACUACUGGUGGCCAAGGCUAAGAAUGGACACCUGUCUGUGACGGCUCCCAGACUCAACUCCAGAUGAUUGCUGCUCUGACCACACCAGGACCUUUGACCUCCUGACCUCCCAUCCUCCAAUCACACGACUUCGGACCCCCGCUCUGCCUAAGCAUAAGUGCUUCCAAUUAAAAAAAAAGAAAAGAAAAAAAGAAAAGGAAUAAAAAUCAAGCAAAACUAAUUGAUAUAUUUAUGUUUAUAUAUAUUAUAUUUUUGGGAUUAAUACUUUUGCUGUUUGAAUAUUCUGAUUUUAUAUAUGAGGCCAAGGAAUAACAAAUAUUUUUGUGCAUUUUUCUUGCACCAUGUGUGUUUAAUUGUGCUUUAUUUGGGAACAUGACCAAGACAAUGAUGAGGGAAGAGUGGGAAUAAGAGACAACCAUGUUGCAGAAGUGUUGUCGAAGAAAAUCAGGGUUAGUUGUUGUUGCCUCUUGUUUUCCUGUUUACUUCUUCUGCUUGACUCGUAGGCUUGGUAACUGUCUGGCUGACACUAUUUACAGGGUUGGAUUGGUUGUUAUAAGAGCAUAGAGGUGUGUAGAAAAAGGCUGACUGUGUGUAUUGGCUGUUGAGAGGUUCAACGAUGAGGAUGAUUUAAAUGUUUUCUAUCAAAUGGAGAGGCUUCUGCACGCUGAAGGCCGGUCAGGUCAGAUGGUGUUUCAUUGAAUCAGAGUGAAGCUGGGUUCAGCUCUGGGUAUAUUUAAAGAAUCAAUCAAUACAGAGUUUUGAUACAAAAGGAAGCGUGUCAGGAGGAUUUGCUUCAAAGAAAUAAAUGGAAAACAUCGUAAAUGCUGCAAAAGGAACAAAGUAUGUGAGCAGUGGUCGAGAAAAGUGAAAAGGAAGAUGAUAGGCAGCUGCGUGCCUUUCUCCUUGACUAAUUUAUUUAUAAUUAGUAUAAAGAGCUGUAUAUUGAUAUAUGAAAAAAACAUGACACUCUGCACCGGAAUGAGUUAAGUGUAGAUAGAAACCGUCAUCCUCUGACUGAUUUUUUGUUUUAUUUCAACUCUGUAACCGUCGUCUUUCACUCAUCAACAUUUCCUACAUUACUCCACCUCUCCUCACUUCUUUUGUCUUCUAGCCUCUUCCCUUAGCUGCCUCUCUCUCUCUCUCUCUCUGACUGAACUGGUCUGAUGGCCUGACUAGGGUUUGAACUGCUACCAGAAUAUGUAGCAUUUCCUGCCAAUUUUCUUUUCUAGUUGUAUAAAUGGAUAGAAAUCUUGAAUCUAUCGGUGUUUAAAAUAUGAGGAAUGUUUGUGUUUAGUCGACUAAACUCCAUCAGCUUCGCUAGUCGGCACCAGAAUUACAGAUUUAGUCUGUUAAAAACAUUAUUAAUACUUUUACAUGUUGGUCAAAUGUUAUGCUCAAGCUGUAACACAGCUCCCUGCCACUAGUCGGUGCUCUGUAACUCUGUUUAAUGGGCCUGCUCUUCUUGCUCUACUACCCGGAUGUUAACAAGCACAGUGAGCAGAUAGCAUCUCUUUGAUAGUAUUUUGAUCUAAAAAAAAAUUUGACAAUUUUGACUGUUUUCUUUUUUAUUUUAAGACUAAGACGGUUCAACAGAAUUUAAAUCUUUGCUAAACAGACGAGGGAACUAGCCUAGAAACAUUCCUAGUUUGAAACAUUCAGAACCCUUUUUGAGGGUAAAACUCACCAAUUAAAGCCUUAUCACUGAACUUCUUCUACUUCAGAGAUCCUAACAUUGCACUCUGAUAUUGACAGAUAUUGAUAUUAACAUGUCUCCCAAAGGGUCAGAGUAUAUCUAUGAAAAAUAUAACUUUUUUAACAAGUCAAACAUCAAGAAAAUGUUGAGCUAAAAGCUUCAAUGUCAAACGCAAACACGAUUUAGCUUACUACACUGCAAAAACUCAAAUCUUAGAAAGUUCAUUUGUUUUAUUUCUAAUGAAAAAAUGCCAAAAGGGCAAGAAUUUUACUUAAUUGUUUUGACGUUAGGUGUCUAAGUUAGUUAGUUCGCCUCAUUUCAAAACACUGAACAAGUCGUUCAAAAUCAGUGCGACUCAAACAAUUGAGAUGAAAUUGUUGAGUGCACGCCUGGUGUAAGAUAAAUGGGGAAAGCAGUGAAUAAACAGACACAAUCUGUUUGCCUCUUUUUCCCUGUCUGUGUGCUAGGCUAAGCUAAUAAUCUCCUCGCUCUAUCGCCUUCUAUUUAAUUUAAAUGAAUAGAAAUGUGUCAUCUGAACCUCAGCGCAAAAGCUCGUUAAUGCAUUCUGCAAAAAAUCAACUUCAACCUUCAGUGCUUCUAAAAAACACAUUCUUAAGGACUUGAGUCGUGUAAAACUUUAGGAAAGUUUCAUUAACGUCAGAAAAAAUUUAAAUAUGUUUUAUUAUUACAGAAAGAUGGCCCCAGUCAGGUUUAAAGCCACAUCAAGACCAGUUCUGCAUCACACAUCUCUCUGUCUAAUACUGACCAAAGACUGAUCCGAAGACUUACUCCAAAAUGUUUCUUGUUUCCUUCUUUUUUCUUCCCUCCAGACCUCGCUCAAUGGUGGAUCUUUAUUUUCCUCUGCCAAAGACUGGUGCAAUAAGCCGAGGCAGGACUGUGCUACUGCACACUAAACAAACUAGCCAAAGACCAUGUUGAUUUAUCCUGAUUUUAUUGUUUUUGUCUAAUGAGUUCUACGAUAUUACUCUGCCAGUUCUGAAUGAUUGUUUUUGUUCAGAAGGGAGAUCUUUAUGUACAGUUUGUGUUCUGUGUUAUGAAUGAGAGAUUCAAGCCAAGUGACGGCUUGAAGAUGUGAAACAUUCGAGGAGGAAAUGCUUCUGUCGUUGUUCGUUAACGGAAAAAAAACAUGUUCAUGUGCCUUGUUGGAUACGACAGAUGUAGUGUGAGAGUUCAAGAGAAAUACCUCCCUGAUAGAGUCUUUGUGGCCAUUUCUAAAGUUUCCCAUCAGCACCUAAAAGCCUCAUCCCUCCGUGUGUAUAAGCUUUAUUCAAACCAAAUCCUCCAAAGGUUGUCUUUAGAUUUACAGAUGCACUCCUGUUAUUGGUCCUGACUUUACUGUAUGCACCACACCGAUGUAUAAUUAUGCCAACACACUAAGAGAAAAGAUACUAAAGAUUUGAAAAAUAAAUUUGAAAAAUUCAAAACAAAACGAGA